UUUUCCGCUCUGACGCGGCUCUCUGCCUGGCUCUGGCUGGCUGACUAUCAAGAAAGAAGACUCCCAUCUCUUCUUCUGGAUGAGAUGUCUCUGCUCCAGAAAGGCUGAUGAGUCUCUAAAGCCAAUUUCCAGCAUGAAUAGUGCACCUGAGCCAGUCUGAACCACUUGAACUGUCCGUCUUUUUUACACUACUCUGACACUGGAUGACAGGAGAUGAGAAACUGCGGCCCUGUACCACACCAUGAGUGUCCAGAGUCUGGGAGGAGCCAUUGGGGAUUCCCUGGGCUCUAGCCUCACAGUGCGUAUGAGCGGAGCAGGCGCAGGGUGGAGUGCUCUCUCUCUGAAACCUGUUUCCUCUGGGCGGAUCGCCUCUCUAUUCCAGACCAUGGUUCCCACCGGUUACACCAAGCUGCAGGAGGAGAGGCUAGCCAUGGUGGACCUCGGAGCCAAACCCGAGUGCCCCUCGCUCCAGAACGGCUACAGACAGGAGACAUCGCACGUAGAAGGCCGGCGGCUCCUAGACCGGGCCUCUCGCUCCUCCGUGACUUUAUCUGACUGUGGAGAUGGAGGCUACUCCGAAACAGAGCCCAUGCUGGCUGAGAGGAGGCUCUCCGCGGAGGAGGCAGAUGAGGACGAGGCGGAUGAGGACGAGGAGGAAGGGCCGAGAACGGUCAUGCAGAACAUGCCCAAGGAGUCGCUGCUGGCCAUGGCGCUGCAGAUCUUGCUGCCUUUCUUGCUGGCUGGAUUUGGAACUGUAUCAGCUGGAAUGGUGCUGGAUAUUGUGCAGCACUGGGAGGCGUUCCAGUACAUCACGGAGAUCUUCAUCCUGGUACCCGCUCUGCUCGGCCUCAAGGGAAACCUGGAGAUGACUCUGGCCUCCAGGCUGUCCACAGCGGUGAAUGUGGGCAAGAUGGAUUCUCCCAUAGAGAAGUGGAAUCUAAUCAUAGGCAACCUGGCACUGAAGCAGGUCCAGGCCACGGUGGUGGGUUUCCUGGCCGCCGUAGCAGCCGUGGUUCUCGGCUGGAUCCCGGAAGGGAAGUUCCAGAUGAGCCACGCUGUGCUGCUCUGCUCCAGCAGCGUGGCCACGGCCUUUAUAGCCUCCCUGCUGCAGGGUUUCAUCAUGGUGGGUGUAAUUGUGGGUUCGAAGAAGACGGGCAUCAACCCAGACAACGUAGCCACACCCAUCGCCGCCAGUUUUGGUGACCUCAUAACCCUGGCGAUCCUGGCCUGGAUAAGCCAGGGCCUCUACAAGUGCCUGGAUACCUACCCGUACGUGUCGUCACUGGUCUGCGCCUUCUUCAUGUGUCUGACUCCUCUGUGGAUCAUCGUCUCCUCCAAGCACCCGGCCAGCCGCACCCUGCUCUACUCCGGAUGGGAGCCAGUCAUCACUGCCAUGGUCAUCAGCAGCAUCGGAGGGCUCAUCCUGGACAAAACAGUGUCUGACCCAAAUCUGGCUGGCAUCGUGGUGUACACGCCGGUUAUCAACGGGAUCGGGGGUAACCUGGUGGCUAUUCAAGCCAGCCGGUUCUCCACUCACCUGCAUUUCCACUGUGCUCCUGGGGAGGUUCCCGAGGAGGCCAAGGGCUGCUACUACCCCUGCCGCACAUUCUGGGGUAGAGGAGCCAAUCAUCGCUCUGCUCAGGUGCUCCUCCUUUUGGUGAUCCCUGGUCACCUGAUCUUCCUCUACACCAUCCACUUGAUGAAGAGCGGACACACCACCCUGACCCCCAUCUUUAUGUCUGUCUACUUGGCUGCUGCCAUGCUGCAGGUGUUGCUGCUGUUGUGCAUAGCAGACUGGAUGGUGCACUCCAUGUGGCGGAGCGGCAAAGAUCCCGACAGUUUUUCCAUUCCUUACCUGACGGCUCUGGGCGACCUGCUGGGCACCGCCCUGCUGGCACUCAGCUUCCACUUCCUGUGGGUCAUAGGAGACCAGGACAGCGAUGUGGGUGACUGAGGCGGCCUUUGACAACAAGGCAUCGGCGGCCCC